UCAUCAUCAUCAUCAGCUUCAGCUUCAUCAUCACAGAGUCUAAUCUCUCAAGCCUCUCGUCUCAUUGAUCAGCUUCAUUCCUAGCUCGCUCCAAGCAACAUCAUCUCACCCAAUCCCCCAAUCAAUCAAUCACAAUGGCCAUUCUCGCAAAGACAGCUUCUCUGGCUUGCUUCCUCAUCGCCUGCCUCUUCUUCUUCUCCUCCGUCAUCCAGGCACUUCCUGUCCCCGGCUCCAACACUCCAUCCAGAGUCUCCUCCAUGGCCUUGGCCGCCCGUUCACCGCGCGAGAUCCCCAACAGCGACGAAGAAAAGGGCCUACUGAACGGCCUGCUCGAAGCCAUCGGCCUCCCCAGCCUCUCCAAGCUCAGUCACUGGAAAGCCACCACGGAGCCUCAACCCUCACACACCGAUGACUCGGACAAAGAUUCCGAUUCCGACAACAACGACAACGACGACGACGACGCCACAAACACCCCAGCCGAAACAGACUCAGAAGACUCGGACUCCGACCCCCACGCGCACGCCCACUCCUUCAUCCCGGAUUACUACAAGAACUUCAAGGACAACUGGACCCCGGCCAUCGACGACGGCAACAGCCUGACCCCAACCGUGGACUCCAUCGGCGAUGACAUUGAGAACGACGAAGACCUGGACAACAUCAACAACGGCCUGCUGCUCUCCCCACCGGCGUCCACGCCCUCCAACAACAACAACAACAACAACAACAACAACAACAACAACAACAACAACAACAACAACAACAACAACAACAAGAACGAGGACCUCCCCAAGCCCACCGAGGACCCCCAGGGGUUCAUCAGCUCGCUCAAGCAGCGGCUCGAGGAUGUGCUGAAGGCCGCGUUCGAUAGUCGGGAUGAGUUGACUCUCUAGUCGGUUUCAUCUUUCGCCUAUGCCUUUUUUCGAUGUUUGGAUUCUGCGGACGGAGUUUACGUGAUUUUGAUCUGGUUUCGUACCGGUGUUCUGGGAUAUGGAGUCUGGUCUGGACUGGCGCUUGAGUUUUCCUUUUCCUUUUGCAAGGGUUUCACGGGUACGGGAGUCUUGGGAUUUUUUUCGGUAUGGAUUCGGGAGCAACAAAAUAGCGUGGGGGGUUGUGCUUCAACUUUGGGAAUUGGAUGGAUGGAUGGAUAGUCAGGGCAAG